UAAAGCCAAGAAUCUGCAGAACAGUAUGAAAACUUCCCACCGGGACUGUAUGGAAUGAACCGCCAUCAUGAAUAGUAUAUGCCUUUUCAAAACUACGUGAACUGCUGAUACAGAGACAUUGUGACUCGUUUUACCACAAGCUAAAAGCAAAUAAAACAGUACAAAGGGUUAAAUGCAACAUUGAUAACUAAGGAUCAUGGAGAACAACUCAGCAAAGAGAAGAUAUUACCGACAAACACUGUCACCUGAAAGCAUUUAAAUGGAUGGCACGCACACGGGCCUGCCUGUCACUAUUCACCUUCUUGCCAACCCAGGUGACUCUACAGUAUUUCGGCAAGCAGUAAAGCAUAUUCUUCAGGGACUGUGUCUAGAUUCUAAACUCUUUCUGGUGUCCGAACGAGCUGCCCCAAUCCAAUGCUAUGAAUAUCAAAAGAGAAGAUUUGAAUUUCCAGGAAUUUCUGUAUUACUCUUUCUCCGAGAAGACCUAGGUGAAGAAAGGAUAUCUCUUCUGCAAAGCUUUUUCCAACUACCCCCAUGGGAUCAUGUCAACACGGGGUUUGGCCAAGGAUCUUCACAAUCAUCAUGUCAGACUAGGGAUGACUUUUACUGUCUAGAUGUGCACAUGCCUGUGUGGGGAAUAAGACAGGUUCACUAUGGCGCAGAGAUCUUGAGAAUUACCCUAUAUUGUGAUUUUGAUAACUAUGAGGAUGCAGUAAGACUUUAUGAAAUGAUUCUGGGAAUGGAGGCAACCAGCCAAAAGAUUGGAUUCUGCUUCUUCACCUUGCAUUCUACUAAGCACACUUCCAUACAGUUCUCCUUAAAACAGAUGCCCCCUGGUGUGUGCGCACAAGUAAAACAUGCCUGUGCUCUGCAGUUUAACAUUCAAGCAAUAGGGCAACUGGUUCCCCUGCUGCCAUACCCUUGUGUGCCAAUCAGUGACACUCGAUGGCAAACUCAAGACUACGAUGGAAACAAAAUCUUGCUUUUGGUGACUGGCGGUGGCACCACAGUUUCACAAAAUGAUGGCAAAUUUGACAAAUCGAAUGCAGAGUGUCCGUCAAGUUCUUUCACUGCUCAGUCAUCAUUCACACAGCCAACACAAACUAUGCACUCCGAGGACAAGAUUGUCCCAGGAAACCAGGUUUUUAAAAAGAAUUUGAAUGCAUCAGAACAAAGACAAAAUGUGUGCAGUAUUACUGAUAACAAUCUACCAAAACUUAUGCCAAGACCCUAUCUACACCCAGACGAGACAGAGACCAAUGUAGAUACUGGCCACAGGGUUAUAAAUAUGACCCACCAGCUGCAUUCUAUUUACAGGAUGUCAAGGGAUCUACAAAAUAUUCCACAAUAUAAACCGAAUCAAGAUUUACCCUGCAAGCAAGGAGACUCUAGUUGCCAUCUGGCUGUCAAAGAAAACAAAGGAGCUGACAUUAAAACCAAAAUAUUUCCUUCUCAGCGACUCCAUAGUAAUAGCAAGGAGCUCAUCGAGGAAUUUUUCAUUUAAUGUCGCCAACGCUGCAUCUAUUCACCUUCUUUUAGAAGAAUAUCAUUUAUUUUCCCAAUGGGACUUUUAACAUUCAAUAAGGGCAACCAUUAUUUAAUUUGAUUAAAAACUGUGUCAGGUUUACACCUCUUAGGGUCUAUUCACAUGUACAGUUUUCUGUGCAGAUUUAAUGCGCAGGAUUUCAAGCUGUGUUCAGUCAUUCAGUUUACAUUGAAAUCUGCAGCAGAAAAUCCUGCGCAUCAAAUCUGCGCCCAAUAUUGUAUGCAUGAAUAGACCCUUAAAGGGAUUUUAUGGCAGUAAUAAAGGGUCAUCGUUUAAUAGUUUACAAACAAUAGAUAUCAGAGCGGCACUGCCAUUGCAUAGAUAACUGAUAGUAAAUGUUUCUGGAUAAAGGAUACACAGUGCAGGUACUUGGGCAAUACUUGUCUAACUGUGGUGCUAGGACAUUAAGCAUAGAGAACAAUCAGAAAUAAAUCGC